UUUUUCAUCUCUUGCCUUGAACCCCCAUUUUUUGAUGGUCUGUGUGUUGUGCCCUGAUAAAGGUCUGUGUGCUUUAAAAUCUGUUGCAGUAAUACAGCAAUCAGUUUGCUGUAACUCACUGUUGCCAGUCCUUUCUUUUAUGUAUAAACCUUGUUCCUAUUACUAUAUAAUCUUUGCUAUUUGCUAUCCCCCGCUGAUUCUUCACAGUAAUAGUGUGUUUACAGGAGUGGAACUAAAGCUGCAGGGUAAAUGUAGUGUGAGACAGAACAGUGAUUGGCUGGAUAGCUAGAGGGGCAGGGCAGAGAAGUAAGGGAUCAUCUGCAAACUCUUAGACUUAUGGAAAUGUUUAAAAAAACGGCCUGCUGGUAUGCAUGCAUUUUAGGAAGAGGAUUCUGGGAAAUGAAGUUUGCAGGCCCUUUAGUUAUCUCUGUAGUAAUACAAAAAAACUACAACACCCUAAAGCCUUUGCAGUGAAGGCCGGUCUGAUGACAAGUUCCACAAAUUAGCCAUUCAGGAGCUUUGUUAUUCCGGUCCACCAAACACCAGGCCACUGCAAGAAAAUCUCCAACUUCCACAGGAGUUGGUAGUAUCUGACAAAUUUUAAUGAGACACAAGAUGAACAAAGCCAGAAAGCUGGACAAUGAGGAUAUAUUAGAUCAUGCUAUGAAGAUUAUUCAUCUUUUGACUGGACAGCAUUAUAUAGUUGUUAAGAAGCACAAAGACUACAUCACUGUGAGCAGGACAGAGAAUCUUGUUGUGGACCCUGUGCCUUAUUCAGAUAUACAUGAGAACAACAAAGACAAGAACCUAUGCUAUGGGAAAAUGUUAGAACUAGCUAACAUGAUCAUCCAGCUCUUGGCUGAAGAGUUUUCUUGUUCCUCUGAUUUUCAUGAAGAUGGACAAGAGGAACGCAAUAAGCACUUGCACAAGGAUCAGAACCAGUUCUCAGAACAUUUAGCUAACUUAGUGAUCUUGGUGAACAAAAUGACCAAAGACAAAAGCCAAACAACAGGAAAGAUAUUUAAUUACACCCUUGAGAUCAUCUACCUUCUGAUUGGAGAGGAUUAUGUGGUUGUGAAAAAAGAAAAUGACAAUGACUCCCAAAGUAGCCGUUGUUUGUCAGAAUAUACCUGUGGGGACCAGACCAUCAUUACAGAUGAUCCACUCAUAUCAUUAACACAAGAGAAGAACAGUGACAAGAAGAUCAUGGACCUUGCCAAAAAGAUAUCUCAAGUGUUAAUGAAAAAGGCACCUGCAAAAUGUGAAGAGGAUGCACUUUAUUCUUGUAUGGAGCAAUACUUGGGUGCAUAUCGGGAAGUGUAUAAAGUAGACAUGGAGAGUGAACACACCAUCAAUACCCUAGCAGAAGCUGGUACAAACCUGAAUAAAACCACACAAGAUCAUACAAGACUUGAUUCGAUAAAUGAAGUAACUAUCCGUGAUGAAAUGGAUUCUGCAGCACAUCUUUCAAAGCAAAACCGUAAAAACAAGAGGAAAAGCAAGCCGGUUAGAAUAGUAGCACAAGAUUUAAUUUUACAUAAAGAGAAAAACACAUUUGCAGUUCAAACACCAACUAAGGCGCAUGACUUAUCAGUUACUGAAAAAGAGUGUGCUGAAGAUGAAACUGAGAGGUCACUUCUCUUCCCAGAAACUGUGAACACUAUCUGUAGUAGUACAGUUAUGGAUGAGCCACUUGAGAAGGAAGAAGUAAUGGGAUGUGAAGACCAGGAAAAAUACCUUUCUCAAACACACUUUAUGAAUUUUCAGACUUUAGGCUUGCAAAGCAGGCGAUAUAUGUGCACUUUAUGUGGGAAAUGUUUCACAAAAAGCUCUCAUCUUUCUACUCACCAGAGGGUUCACACUGGAGCAAAGCCAUAUCUUUGUGUGGAUUGUGGAAAACGGUUUACCAGCAGCUCUACUCUUGUUGAUCAUCAAAGAAUUCAUAGAGGGGAAAAACCCUUUGCCUGUUCUGACUGUGGAAAAUGUUUUACCAAAAAUUCAAAUCUAAUAGACCAUCUAAGAACUCACACGGGGGAAAAACCCUUUGAAUGUUUACAGUGUGGCAAGCGUUUUGCCAGGAGCUCUAACCUUGCAGAGCAUCAUAAAAUUCACACAGGAGAGAAAUCAUUUAUUUGCUCUGUAUGUGGGAAAGGGUUUUCUAGAAGCUCAAGUCUUGCAGAACAUUACAGAAUUCACACUGGAGGUGAAUCCUAUAUAUGUUCUGAAUGUGGCCAGUGCUUUACAAAAAACUCAAGCCUGGUUAGACAUCAGAGCAUUCACACGGGGAAGAAACCGUUUGUAUGUUCUGAAUGUGGAAAGGGCUUUUCAAACAGUUCCAAUCUUGCUAGACAUCACAUAACGCACACAGGAGAAAGGCCAUAUAUGUGUCCAAUUUGUGGAAGAUCUUUUAACCAGAACUCAAAUCUUGUUUCACAUCAGAAAACUCACAAGUCUGAAACUUUUGAGUAAAUAUAAUAUAUUUGAACUGAAGCAGUUUAAAGGAAAUGACUACAAACAGCAUCUUUUGCCCAGACCUUUAAAGGGUUUGUUCACCUUUGAGUUAACUUUUAGUAUGAUGUUGCGAGUGAUAUUCUGAGACAAUUUGCAAUUGGUUUUCAUUUUUUAUUAUUUGUGGUUUUUGAGUUAUUUAGCUGCUUUUUUCAGCAGCAUUCCUCUACCCUAGCAAGCAUGCAUUGAUUUGAAUAAGAGACUGGAAUGUGAAAUGGGGAAGGUCUGAAUAGAAAGAUGAGUAAUAAAAAGUAGCUAUCAUAAUACAUUUGCUGCCUUACAGAGUUUUUUUGUUUUUUAGAUGGGGUCAAUGUGUCAGAAAAAAUGAUAAAAAUAAAUAAAUAAUGAACAAUUGAAAAAUUGCUUAGAAAUGGCCAUUCUAUAACAUACCAAAAGCUAUCUUAAAGUUGAACCACCCCUUUAAAGGGCUAUGAAUGCAAGAUUUAAAAAGUUAAUUUCAGAAAGGUUUCCUAUAAAUAGUCAUUAAAUAGUUUAUAAAGAUGAGCCACUUGCAUCAUUCAUCCUUAUUUGUGUAAAGCUUUCACUAAUUUAUGAAAAUAACGCAUAUCUUAUAUAGUACUUGAAAAAUGGAUGAGAAUUUUUUAUUGUAACAGACUUUUUACCAUAAAGCACACAGAAUAUAGUUUUAUUUACAAUAUACAUACCAUAACUGCACAGCCUUCUGUAAAACCGAGAAAAUGAGUGUUGUUGAAAUACUUCUCUAGUGUCCCAGGUGAUACAGCCACAUGCAAAGCGGGUCAUUAGUUGGCCUGGUUUUCUGUUUUUUCCAAACGAUGCUGUUGACCAGAGAAUAUAUCCAGCACUGUAUGGAGCAACAGUUUUUGGUAGGUUUGGAAAAGUGAUUGUGUGUCAGAAAUUGUAAUGCACUUGUAAGGAAACGUUUCAUAUAACCCACAUAAUCCCAUAUACCAAGAUCAGUUUAACAACAGUGUAAUUGUAUACUUUGAAUAUAAUGAAAAAAUGUAAAUAAGAGCUUGUUCUAUUUGCACGGAAAUGUGUUUAUAAUAAAUGUUCUUGUUUCAUA